AUGGACCAAGCAGAGGAAGGCCGUGAGGCGCAAAAGGGAUCCUCUCCAAGCAGCCAUGGAGAGUCUGCAUUGAACGCCUCGUCCAUCCUCAAAGAGAAUGAUACCCAUGAAGAUGAACAUGAAAAGAUAAGGCAAAGGCAGUCGCUUGAAGGCGAAAGGAACCUUUCUGAAGAAGUGGUCAAGGCCAAGCCGAAAAACAGCGCAGAAAGUCGGACUGAAUGGGUUGAAACAAAAGCCAUUGCAUGGUCAAGUCAGAAAGAAGAAAGCAAUGAAAGUAAUUGCAUUGAUUCCAAUGCGGGUAAGGAGGAAAAGGCAAUCUUGAACGGAAAGAAGACAAUACGUAAUGAAGGUUUGGAUGACCUUCGGAACAAACCAAGCUUGCAACAGAAUGACUCUCUCCCACAAAAGAUACCUAGUUCCGUACUUACCAAACGGGAAACCGAAAAAUCUACUUCAUCGGCAGGUUCAACAUCAAGUGGACCACCAAAGGUAAUACAUACGCAGAUUCCGAAUUGCACCACGACUUCACAGGCGCCUCCAACAAGCAUCAAUGGAACUGCUUCAGCUACCCGUCCAAAGGGCAAGACACUUCGGCGUGGUAAAUGGACAGUGGAGGAGGAGGCCUAUGUCGCCCGCGUCAUUCAAGACUUCAAUUCAGGUUUCCUGGAUGCACCUGCAGGUACAACUCUUAGGAGUUAUCUGUCAGAGAAGCUACAAUGCGAUCCCAUGCGCAUCACGAAGAAGUUUACUGGCGAUGCCUGUAUUGGGAAACGUGUGUUCCAUCCUGCCGUUCGGAGCAUCGGAAACGCGCCUGCGAUAGACAAAGCACAGGCGGAAUUGGAUGCUCUCGAAAGAAGGUGGCGGCGUCGGCUGGAAAUGCAGCAAAGGGAAUCAGCAAAGAAAGCGGCGGCUUCUGCUGCCGCUGUAAGUGCUGCACCACAAAAUGGUAACUUCCACUUUGUGCAAGGCGUGCCAGUAGCCCUUUUAGGGGUGCAGGGGGUGCGAAGCCAAGGAGGAACAACCAUGCCAGAGACAGUUGUGACUCAAGCUGCAUCAUGGCUUGAUCGGGCGAAUGCCAUUCUCGGAGGAACGGCUAUCGAUGGCAAUCGAAUGAUGCUGCCCACAACCGCCUCGGUCUCUGCUUCCCAUCAAGUGUCAGGUUCUGAAAUUGAGAAUCAAAUGAAUGAAGUUCGUCGUCUCAUUUACGAAGGACCACUGAUACAACAGACGACAGCUGGACUCCCGCGUAUGCUAAAUUACGAUACCAAUGCAGAGAAUGCACCCUCUAAUAUCAGUCCUGUGAAUGGGAAUCACUCCAUCGAACCGGCUGACAAGAGGCAACGGAGAACAUCGUUGUCGGGUGCGGAAGAUGCAGAGGCUCUCGUCGGCUUCCUUAGAAGUGUACGUGCAUCUGCAGCAUCAGAACAAGACGUUUCGAACUAA